CCCUCCUUAACUACUAGUACUACCGCGGUGAUAACCUUCCCACACGCAAACCACUUCAACAGUAAAAUGGCCGAACAAGUCGCAGCACAAGCAGUGAAUAUAACCCCAGAGGACCUUCCUCAAGAGACCUUAGAUUUCGCUGCAAGAGUUUUUGACGCAGCUCGGAAGGGAGACCAGUCGAUUAUUCCGGUCGUCGAAGCUGGAUUACCCGUCAACUUGACGAAUCAUCAAGGCAACACCCUUCUAAUGAUCUCCGUCUAUGCUGGUCAUCUACCUCUUGCACGCGAUCUCUUGGCUCACGGCGCCGAUCCUAAUCGCUUGAACGACCAAGGCCAAUCCAUCAUCUCUGGUGCUGUCUUUAAAGGCCAUCACGAUCUCGUGAAACUUCUGUUCGACCACAAGGCAGACGUCAGGUUGGGAAAGCCGAACGCUAUCGAGGCUGUGUACAUGUUUGCGAAAGACCAAGGAAGAGACGGAAAGAUGAGUAAGGAUGAGUUGUUGACUUUGUUGGGUGCGAAGGAAGAGGAUAAGGAGAGGUUGGAAAGAGAAGGUGUACGUGUUGGACCGCCGAUCGGGUGAAUGGCGUGGGCGAUUGAAGGUAAGUGACAUAUUCUAGUGCUAUACUUGAUAAUUGUACUUGUACUUGUAUCUGCCACCAAUGAAUAAAUGCUUCGAUCUAUGGAUUCUAUACGAC